AUGACCGAACAUCAAACCUCCACUCCCGACUAUUUGAAUAUCAAGCUCCAAGUCAACGAUGGCAACCUCUUACCUUCGGAUGUCAUUCCCCUUCAACCGUCACAUCCAAAGGAGCCGAUUGAGGUUCUUCGAGAGCGCUACGACAGAAAUGGCUACCUAUUUUUGAAAGGCUUGCUUCCACGCGACGACGUCCUUCGAUGCCGGGAGGAAUACUUCAAGUACCUUUCUCCUACUGGUGUCCUUAAACCCGGCACAUUAUACACCGAUGGUAUCUUUGAUGCCUCAAAAGAUAAAAGUUUGUUUCCGGGUGUCGGAGCAGCAACAAAUCCAGGCAAGAAAACAAACAGUACUGCAGCUGCUUUUGUCGACCUGGCAAUCAAAGCACAUACUGAGCCUUGGUAUGCAGAGGACCUCUGCAAGCACCAGGCUUUACUUGAUUUUGUCAAGGAGUUGAGCAGUUGGGGCGACAAUACACUUGCGCUCCGCAGGACCCUUCUUCGCAACAACACCCCUGGGAAUCAGGCAAUCGGCGUCCACUACGACCAGAUUUUUUUGCGGUACGGAGAGCCAACAGCCAUCACUGCCUGGGUCCCUAUCGGUGAUGUGGAUCUUGAGGGUGGUGGGUUGAUUUACUUGGAGGAUGGGGACAAAGUUGGGCAGUCCAUUGAAAGCGAAUUCACUGAAAAGGCGAAGGAAACCGGACUGACGGAAGAGGAGACCAAGAAUGGGUUCAACCAGAACAUGAUGACAACUGGUUGGCUGGCUGAUGGCCCACUCGGAUUUGGCCGUGAAUACAAGAAACGGUGGCUUGUCUCAGCUUAUGAAGCUGGAGAUGUCGUACUUCACAAGCCACACAUGAUCCAUGCUUCCACUUUGAACAAUGACCCGUUGGACAGGAUCCGUGUUGCAACGGAUCUUCGUUAUGUAAGCUCUGCUCGACCACAUGACAAAAGAUGGAUGAACUUUUACAGCCCUAGCGAUGGACUUUGAGUUCAGCUACGGCUUUCAAUAGUCGCAG